CCAAAGCCAAAGCCAAAAGAGACCAUCCCACUCCACACUCCACACUCCGGCAGCUCGGCCGCCUCCUCUCCUGUUCUCCUGCAUGCUCGCCGCCGGCGAUGCCCAGCCCGCUCAAGCGCCCCUCCCUCGGCCGCCUGCUCGCCUCCCUCCGGUCUCCCCCCCGCGUCCCCGUCCAGACCGGCUUCCCCACCUCCCUCGCCGACCUCGUCGUCAAGAACCAUGCCCGCCUCAGGAACCCCCGCAAGCCAUGCCGCCCCACCGCCCCUCCGGCGCUCCCUCCGUCUACCGCGGUUGUGGAAGACUCUUCGCUGCCUCUGUCGCCCGAGCCUCCCUCGCCGGUGGCCGUAGAGCCGGACUCCUCGGCUCCGGUGGCGCGGCCGCUGGACGACGCGCCCAAAGGCGCCGCCUUCCUCCGGCCCCGCCCGCAGCUCCUCGCGCUCGGCGGCGCCGUGGCGCUCGCGCUCCUCGCCGUGUGGAGCGAGGGCACCGUCGCGGCCUUCACCGUCGCCUCGCUGUCGCUGCUCUGGAUCGAGUCGGCGUGUCGACGGCCCUCAGGCCCGGAGGAGCUGCCCGAUUCGGGCGGCCGCGGCCCCGUAUCGCCGAUUUGGGAGGUGGAAGAAGCGCCCCGGUCAUCCAGCUGCUCGGAUUCCGACAAGAGCAGCGACGCCCCCUCCCCUCGGCCGGCCGGUGACGAUCCGGCCGCCCCGAAGAGGAAAGCGAGGAGAACGCUGCGGAAAAUAAUAUCCAAGACGCUGCAGAAGAAGAAGCCCAAGGCCAAGGACGCCUCGGGCUCCGGCGACGGCGAGGUCGUCGAGCAGCCUGACGGCGCCGGGCCAACCAAAACCGAGGCCUUUCUAAUUCUAGCCCCUUCCACUUCCACCACAGACACAGAGGAGGCGCCGUCGGAGCCAAGCACAGAAUCGUCGGUGGAGAUGAAGACGGAGACGGAGACGGAAAGGCGAGGGGACAGAUUCAAAUUCCCCCUGGCGGCGUUCGUCCCGGUCAUCCUCGCCGGCCUCGCCGCCGGGAAGCUCCCGGCGACGGCGCUGGCCGUGCUCUGCGCCGCCUUCUUCGGCCGGCAGGCAGUGAUGCGCUGAGUUUGAGUGUUUUCCCGAUCAAUCCCAAUCCCCUCGAAACCGGGGGAGAUGAGUGAGUGAGUGAGUUCUUUCGAUCAUCCGUCCGGCUGUAAAAAGUAAAAAAAUCAGAGACAGAAGAAGAAGAAGA